CCUAUCCAUUCUCUUCAUAGAGAGGACAAGGACCACUAUUUGCCCCUCUGUGCCUAGUAGAAGGGUCUAGAAGUGGGCACCGAGGGGUUAAGCAGCAGCCUGUGCCUGUACUGGGCAGUGAGGGCGGGAGCGCAGCCCUUUCCUGCUCCGGAUAACGGGGCUGAGUGUGAGGAAGGAGGGCGGAGAGUGGAGACCCCGAAGGAGACUGCUGUUGUUGUCGGGCGGAGGGAGCGCCUUACUGCAGCAUGGUGAACCCCAGCAAAGUGAAGCCGGAGCUGGAGGGAGAGGAGAGGAAGAAGAGGCCGCUGCCAGCCACGUCCUCCCCCACUGUGCUGGAGAUGGAUACCCUGCCCCCCGCCCCGGCCCUCCGGCUGCCCCCUGGCGGAUCCACCCCGUCCCCCCUGUCUUCCUGCUCCCGUCAGGCGUGGAGCAGGGACAACCCCGGCUUUGAGGCUGAAGAAGACGGAAUGGAGGAGGAGGAGGACGGCGAGGAGGGCAUGGUGGUGGAGAUGGACGUGGAGUGGCAUCCCUCCGGGCCGGGCAGGAGGUCAUCUUCUCUGGUGUCGUCUAGCAGCGGGGGCAGCACCGGGCUGGUCGGCUAUCAUCAUCAUCAUGCCAACAGCAUGGGCAGCCAGGCCCAGAGGGGCCGCAGGAGGAGGGGUGAGCCGGGCACCGAAGGAGGCAGAGCCGGCCAGGGCACCGAGCAGCCCACGGAGCAGCAGGGAGUUGUCAGGAUCCUGCACACCCUCAAAGGUCUUUGGGGUACAAGAUAUACAGCAGACCGAAUACCUACAAGGGAAAAAUACUUAAAAACUAUCCUCAGAGAACUGAUCACUUAUGUAGUGUUUCUAUUUAUUUUGUGUGUCUUAAUCUAUGGCAUGGUGACUUCCAGCAUGUUUUAUUACACUAAAGUUAUGACUCAGCUAUUUCUGGAUACACCUGUGUCAAAAACUGAUAAGACCAGUUUCAAGACCUUGAUGACUGUGGAUGAAUUCUGGAAGUUUGCUGAUGGCCCUCUUAUAGAUGGUCUGUACUGGGACAUGUGGUACAACAACAGGACAAUAGCAGAAAAUCAAAGCUUUAUCUACUAUGAGAAUCUGCUGCUUGGGGUACCCCGAAUGCGUCAGCUCAAAGUGAAGAAUGGCUCCUGUUCAGUUCCUGAAGACCUAAAGGAUGAAAUUACAGAUUGCUAUGACAUGUAUUCAGUGAGAAAUGAAGAGACUGCCCCUUUUGGACUGCGCAAUGGGACUGCGUGGACGUACACCAAAGAAAGGGAUUUAAAUAGCAGUAGUCACCACGGCCUCAUAUCUACAUAUAGUGGGGCCGGGUAUUACCUAGAUUUGUCAAGGAACAGAGAAGAGGCUGCUUCUCAGAUUAGAACCCUGAAGGAUAACCUGUGGCUGGACCGAGGCACCCGAGCAGUUUUUAUUGACUUCACAGUUUACAAUGCAAAUAUUAAUCGCUUCUGCGUUGUCAGGUUGUUGGUAGAGUUCCCAGCAACUGGAGGCCUAGUUACCUCCUGGCAGUUUCAGACGGUAAAGCUGAUUCACUAUGUUUCUGCAUUUGACUAUUUCUUGGCUGCCUGUGAAAUAGCGUUCUGCAUCUUCAUCCUGUACUACAUAGUGGAGGAAUUCCUGGAGAUCCGUAAUCACCAUCUACACUAUUUUCACAGUCUUUGGAAUUGUUUGGAUAUUGUCAUCAUUGUGCUCUCAGUGGUGGCGAUAAGCAUAAACCUGUACAAGAUGUCAAUGGAGACAAGCCUGAACAAGCUCCUAGUGGACAUGAAUGUAUUCCACAACUUCGAAUCUCUGGCUUACUGGCACAGCCAGUUUAAUAAUGUGGUUGCAGUCACUUUAUUCUUUGCUUUGGUUAAGCUUUUUAAGUUUGUAAACUUCAACAAAACCAUGACUCUAUUGUCAACCACCAUGUCUCGAUGUGCCAAGGAUAUCCUAGGUUUAUCCAUCAUGUUUUUCAUCAUAUUUCUUGCAUAUGCCCAGUUUGCUUACCUUGUCUUUGGUACUCAAGUUGAAGACUUCAGUAGCUUCCAAGAUUGCAUUUUUACCCAGUUUCGUAUUAUUUUGGGAGAUUUCAACUUCACAGAGAUUGAAGAAGCAAAUCGAAUAUUGGGGCCCAUAUAUUUUACAUCUUUUGUGUUUUUUAUGUUCUUCAUCCUUUUGAACAUGUUUUUGGCGAUCAUCAGUGAAAGCUACUCAGAAUCCAAAACUGAUAUGGCGCAGCAAAAGAGUGAAAUGGAAAUGGCUGACCUUAUUAAAAAGGGUUGCAGUAAAGCAAUGGUGAAACUAAAACUCAAGAAAACUGCAGUGGAUGAUAUAUCGGAGAGCCUCCGACAAGGAGGGGGAAAGCUGAAUUUUGAUGAACUACGUCAAGAUUUAAAAGGAAAAGGCCAUACUGAUGCAGAAAUUGAGGCAAUUUUUGCAAAAUAUGACCAAGAUGGGGACCAGGAACUCACAGAACAUGAACAUCAACAGAUGCGGGAUGAUCUAGAGAAAGAGAGGGAGGACCUGGAGCUGGACCGGGGCUCUCUGCCUCGCCCCAUGAGCAGUCGUAGCUUCCCACGCAGUCUUGAUGACUCGGAAGAGGAUGAUGAUGAGGACAGUGGACACAGCUCUCGCAGAAGAGGUAGCAGUUCUAGUUGGGUCUCCUACGAAGAAUUUCAAGUUCUGGUUAGGCGAAAUGAUCGGAUGGAACACUCUAUUGGAAGCAUUGUGUCCAAAAUUGAUGCGGUCAUUGUUAAAUUGGAAGCAAUGGAGAGAGCUAAAAUGAAGCGCAGAGAGGUCCUGGCAAGACUUCUAGAUGGAGUCACAGAGGAUGAAAGACUUGGUCGUGAUAAUGAAAUGCAUAGAGAACAAAUGGAGCGCCUGGUGAGAGAAGAAUUGGAGAGAUGGGAAUCUGAUGACACUGCUUCUCAAAUGAGUCGCUGUUUAGGAACACCUAAUGGAACCAAUGGCCAGGCACGCUCCAGAAGCUCUCGGCCCCCAUCCUCACAGUCUACAGAGGGCCUUGAUGGGGGAGGAGUGGCCCCCAGUGUUUCAAAUAGCCAGAUAUAGAGAUCUGAAUACUGAAGAAGUACUGCAUGCCAGGUGGAGGAGGCAGUAAACUACGCCUCUUUAACUUCAGGCCAUCAACUUGAGAACUGCAGUUUGCCUUAUCCAGAUCUGAGCAACUUCUUAUUAAAUGGUACAACCAAGCACACAAUAGUUAUGGGGUUAUCAGGACAGUACUUUUUCAGCCACCUACCCCGAGUCCCCAGACCACAAUGAAUAUAACAUAAGAUUUCCAUACCCAGUGAUCUAUAAGUAAACUUACCCAGUAUGUACCAGAAAUAGUACAGGGCAGGCUGUUUGAGCUGUGGAAUGGCCAUAUGCAAUUUAACCCCAUCUGACCCAUGACAAUUAUUCUGUCUGGUGAGAUGGGGAAGCAUACGGGGGGGGGGGGGUUUAAGACAAGACAAACAUUUUUGAAACUAUUUAAAGUUUUCUUUGGGUGGCUACAUGGGAUUUGUUCAUACAAGCAGUUUUGUAGCAGAGAUUUCUGAUAGUCCCACAUAUGACUUUUUUCUAACGCACAUGCAUUGUUUAUGUACAUUCAGCUGUAUGGAGCUGAUGUGCCAGGUGUGAACUUAGAGAGAAACAGUAUGGGUUAAACAAAUAAUUCUGGAAGAGGGUAACUUGCACCAUUCAAGUAUCAACCCCAAAUCAUUUUCUUAUUGCCCAGUGACCACAGAUAAAGAAUUGUAAAUAUUUCUGUAACACGUUGUUACUAUUAUUUUUAUAAACAAACUUCAUCUUGAAGUGCUUAAAGUUUCAUGGAUAUCCGUGUAAGUGUUAUGAUUCUGCUGUGAGAAGUAGCUAUAUAUUUUACCUUUUGUACUUUCUGAAUCACAUAAAUUAGCUAGAUGGUACAUAUGUUUUGCUUUAAAAGUAUUUACUCAAUGCAAUGUGUUGGAUUCUAUUUACAUAGUGUGUAUUGUCACAUGGAAGUGUCCAGGUUGCAGUGCUCUGCUUUCAGGAGCAUAUAUAGAAGUUAGGAGAUCCCAACAUCUAAACAGUUCUCCAUUUUUACCUGAAAGCUAAGACUGUGGGGGUCCAGUGUGUCCCUGGAGAAGAGAAAUUAGACACUACUUUCACUAUGCCCAUAGCAGCUGCUUGUGUGGUCUUUAUGCCCUUUAAUGCUAAUGAUGUAAGCUCAAGCGUACAGUACAGCAAUAAAUGACACUAUGACCCAUAUGAACAAGAAGUUAUGUAGUAUGCCUAUAGGUAUGGUAUGCUAUACCACAUGCACUUUACAAUAAUAAAAACACUUGUUUGU